AUGACUAAACAAGAUGAAAAUAAUAGCCCAAAGCACAAAUAUUUUGACUAGUUUAUGAAGGAUUAAAAUAGCAAUCAAAUAUCCCAAAACAAUUUUAUUAAUAGCCUAAAUUAAACAUCAAAAUUAAGGGAUAAAUAAGAAUUUGAUUUUUCUUAAAAUAAAAAUGAAAAUGCUCUUGAAAAUUUUGAAGAAAAGUUUUAAAAAAUUAGAAAAAAACUCAAAAAAUUAGAAAAUCAAUAUUAAAUUUUCAACUACUAUUCGGCUAAGAAUUUAUCAAUUGUUACUCAGUUUGUUUAAGCAGAAUAUCAUUUAAAUUUUUAUGAAACCAAGAAGGCUGCUUAAAUUUUAGUGUAAAUUCUUGAAGAGAGCAAUUUUAUUAUUUCAAACUAUCCAUAUUUGAUUCUAAAUAAAUUAAACCACAUAUUUAAUCAAGCAAAUAUAAAAUCUAAAGAAUUUGAUUUGAUGUUCUAAAAGUUCAAUCCAUAAAUAUACUUUCAGAUAGGAGUUGUCUUUGCUUGUGGACUUAAUUCAGAGCAUGUAUUUAAUUCUGCCAAACUUACUAGUGACAUUAUAGGUAAAAUCUUAAAUAGUGAUAAUGACUAGUUAGGUAUAUUUUUAAUUGAAAUUCAAGAUAUUCAGUUUAACUAAUAUAUGGCAUAUACAAGAUUAAAAACUGUAAAACAAAUGAUAAAUAAAAUUAUAGGAGACAUAUUUAGAUUUACUACUUAAAAAAAAGACUACACAAAACUCAUAUAGAUUUGUAACGAAUUAAAUGUACUAAAUAACCGUAAUAAGUAAUAUAAUAUUGCUACAGAAAGUAAUAAAUCUCAUAGUAUUGAUGAUUAAGUUUAGACUCCAUAUUCUUUUGCUUUUGACUAAGAAGAGUAUAUGAAUAAAUUGAGUGAAAAUUUUGAUGAAUAACUUAAGAAUCAGGUGGAUAAUGAAUCUAAUAAUAUUACAAAAAUAUAUUAUGAAAAAAGUAACUUAAACAUAAAUUCAUUUUCUGAUAUUAACAUAAAUUAUUAUAAUACUUAACAAAAAAAAUGUUCUGAUCUAGAAAGUACUUAUUUAAGUCCUCAUUUAUAAGUUUCUUAAACAAAUUUAAAUAGGGCUGACAGCUAACUUUCUAAUAAGAGUCAAAGGAGACACACUAUUUAAAUCCACAAGAAAAUUACCAAUGAGUUCUUAUCAAAAAUUUAAAAUACAUCAAAUAACUAAUUGCCCUGUUCAAAUUUCGAUACUAUUACUGUUUAAAACUUAUCAAUGUUAAAUUAAUCUGUUAAAGCAGAAAAUAACUAAGUGAGUUAAGAUAGCUUUGAGGUAGAAGCUCAUUAUUUAAAUAAUUUGGAUAGAAAUCAUUAGUUUUACAUGUCAAUAAGGAUGGCUCUUAAGGAAUUUUAUGAAAAAGAUAUCGUCUAAAAGUAUUAAAAAAAUAUAUCUUCUUAGAACCUAAAUAAACAAUUUAGCAGCUCUAAAUUAUUACAUGAUUUAGAAGAAAAUUAAAAUUUUACCUAACAAAAAUUUAUAAUUUAUUGUACUGAUGAAGUUUAAAUUAGGAAAAAUUAUUUAUUUGAAUAAUUAUGCCUAUUUUUACUGAAGUACAAAAUAACAAUAAUCAUUUAUUCUUCUUAAAAAGGAUAAAAUUUUUUAGAACUUUAGCCUCAAUAAUCCUAUUUAAAAAGUAAUAAAUAAUUAAUAAAAGUAUUCUACAAACAAGAAUAAGUUAUUUAAUACUUAAAAAAUUUUAGAGAUAAAAUAAAUCCAUUUAUAUACCCAACAAUUAUUUAGCACUUUUGA